AAAGCUAUAAAGAUAAGAACUAAUUCAUCCAUUGAGUUCUUCAUUUCCAAUCCAAUCCACGUCCACUUUUUAUUUCAAGUAACUAAGCAAAUCUCCUCUCCAUUACCUUCAACUUCCAUCCACAUUUCUUCGAAAUUUCGACUCCAUUUCUUCCCAGUUUCAAACCCUUUUCAUUUUUCCUUCAUUCGCCUUCGUUUUGAGUGAAAACAAUCCUAAACAAUCCUACAACCGGCUGAGUUUGUGCAUGACGAGCGCUUCGGAGCUGUUUUAUUGUCGGAGGUAUAGAUUUGGUCGCACUGACUCUGACUUGGGCCUUGAUUCUGAGCCUCCCGAUCGGCAUCUUCAGUAUCAACGUCGUCAUCAUGGUCACAAUGGCAAUCACCGCCGCGACUUGAACUCCUGUGGCGAUUUCCGGCGUUCCUCGUUGCAAGAACGUCGUCAAUCUCCUCGGUUUUUUAACCCUCUUUCCGUUGAUCGAUCACCUGCACAGUCUGACUCAGCUACGAGCGUUGCUUCUAGAAAUAAUAUCAAUGGAAAUACUCAGAAUAGCUUGAGGUCUGGGUUAAGUGGGGAUUCCAGAUUGCCAGGAUCUGUUUUACUUGCUAGAGAAAGGCUUCUCGAGAGAUUGAGGGGUGCCUCGUCACCGACGACCAGAAACGCUCUUGUUGAAGCAUCAAAUGGAAAUCCAGAAACCACGACAAGUCGAUCACAGAGGAUAUCCCUCGUCGAUGCUGACAGGAUGCGGUUAGUAGCUGUACCUAGCAAGAGGCCCCCUGGUCUUUCACAGGAUGCAAUCAACCGCUUACAACUUGAGGUUUUUAUCAAUACAGAUCAUAUCAUCAACGACGGCGUGAUGACAAUAACAUCAACAGACUGUAGUAUAUGUCUAGAGAGUUUCACAGAUGGAGACAAGCUCAUCCAUUUACCUUGUGAGCACAAAUUUCACCAUCCUUGCCUGGACCGAUGGAUUAGAACUUGUGGAGAAUGUCCAUAUUGUCGACAACAUAUCGCCAUCAACUAAUAUUUUUCUAACACGUUUCGCAACUUGGGAUUUCCUGUAUGUGUAGAAAACUCAGAGACAAUCCAUUGUUCCAAGUUGUGGUAUUAAUCUUUUAUAGUUCUAUAGUUGAUGAUGUUCGUACUUGUAUCCUUCUAAGAUCCUGUAUUGACUCCAAAUUGUGUGGCAAUUUUAAUAGCCAAAGAGGACGCUUACAUGAUUUCUCUUCUUUUUCUUCGUUUCAUGUAAUUUA